GGGGGAGGUGACUUACAUCAUGGCGGCCGCACCUCCGCUACGCGACCGCCUGAGCUUUCUGCACCGGCUCCCCGUUCUCCUGCGAGGAACCUCAGAUGAUGGUGUCCCGUGCCCUGGCUACUUGUUUGAAGAGAUUGCCAAAAUCUCCCAUGAGUCGCUGGGCAGCAGCCAGUGCCUGCUAGAGUACCUGCUGAACCGCCUGGGCAGCAGCUCCGGCCACGUGAAGCUCAAGGUGCUGAAGAUUCUGCUCUACUUGUGUGGCCAUGGCUCCUCCUCCUUCUUGCUCAUCCUCAAACGCAACCCUGCCCUCAUCCAAGAAGCCACAGUUUUUGCAGGGCCCCCGGACCCUCUUCAUGGGAACAGCUUGUACCAGAAGGUGCGGGCAGCUGCCCAGGACCUAAGCAGUGCCCUGUUCUCUGAUGCUGUGUUGCCACUGCCUCCCUCCCAGCUACCUAGGGCCCUUCCUCCAGCAGGUAUGGGCUCUCAGGCCAGACCUCAUAGCAUCCUCCAGGGUUUCGGCUACAGCAAGGAGCAGGAUCGAGCAGGCUCUGCAGGUGAAGCCUUUCUUUCCACCAUCCAGAGGGCCGCAGAGGUGGUGGCCAAUGUUGUGCGCCCUGGGCCUGAGAAUCCCAAUACCCAGAGGCUCCUGCCACGGGGUGACACUUACCAGCCUGCUGUGACACCUUCAAGCAGCCACAGUCAUCCCACCCCUGGAAACUUGAUCCCAGGGCCUCAAGCCAUGAGACACCAGCCUGGACAGGCUGGAGGGGGCUGGGAUGAGCUGGAUGGCAGUCCCAGUUCUCACAGUUCUUCCCGGGCCAGUGACCUGAGCAGGGCCUCAGACUCAGGCAGCCGGUGUGGCAGCGACACAGGGGCCAGCCGGGAGCCAGGAGAACUGGCAGAAAGGGCCGAGGCUAUGGCUCCAAGUGACUACCAGCAAGAGUUAAGCCUGGUGAGAGCUGUGGCCCAGGGGCCACGUGCCUUCUUGAGCCGCGAGGAGACCCAACACUUCAUCAAAGAGUGUGGCCUGCUCAACUGUGAGUCCGUGUUGGAGCUGCUCCUCCGCCAGCUGGGCCAGACCAGCGAGCGUGAGCAAAUGAGGACCCUGUGUGCCAUCGCCUCCCUCGGCAGUGCCGACCUCCUGCCCCAGGAGCACGUUCUUCUCCUCUCCCGGCAGCGGCUGCAGGAUCUCAGUGCGGGUAGCCCGGGACCUGUGACCAGCAAAGCCACCAAGAUCCUAAGGCACUUGGAGGCCUCCUGUGGACAGCGGCCCCCUGCCUCAAGGCCUCACAUGGAGCCUGGCCCCGUGACUACUCUCAAAGGCCCAUCCGACCUGCUGACUGACCCUGUGCCUCCCCCUGGAUGCCAGGUGUUCCUCCAGCCUCUGAGCUCCACCCCAGUCUUACCCAGGAGCCCUGUGUCUACUCCAUCCCUGGAUGGCUGCCCCUUCCCUGCCCCUGGGGUUCUCAACGAGGCUGAGCCCCGACUGGAAGGUUCUAGUGAGAUGGGGGCAGGACCUGAGUGGGCACCAGAGGGUGUGGACAUCCUGAAGGGAGUUCCCAGCAGGUGCCUGUGGAGCAGCAGCUCCUUAUUUGCUGGCAUGGAACUGGUGGCCUGUCCCCGCCUGGUGGAGGCCAGAGUUGCUGUUGAGGAGCCUCACCUGGCUCCCCAGUUACCUGAGACAGGGCCCCAAGGGGUGUCAGCCACAGCACCUCCAGUCUCAGAGACAUCAGCUUUUGCAUUCUUAAAUGUGUGACUAUGGGCCUGCCUUAGGCAUGCAGGCCUUCUCAUUCUCAAAGGGCAGCUCCCAGGAACCCAUGGCCUCUUGCUGGCCCCUUGGUCAUGGCCCCUGCCCCACCAAGGAGUGGUUUUCCUCAGAUACCUGCCAGCAGCCUCCUUGCCCACCUUCAGCUCUUCUCACUCACUGAGGUCUUGGUGUGGCAGUCCCCAAGCUGGGCCUGCCCCAAGUGGGCCUCCCAGCAGUCAUAACAGUCACCAGGGGACCCACAUGGCCUCUCAGUACACAGGUACCCAGGACAGAACAAAGGUGCAGGAGAUGGGGCUGGGGGUCCUGUCUGGCACCCAGGAAGCCAACUCUGCUCUACCUUGUUGAAGUCAGUUUCCCAACACGUCCUGAGGCAAUCUUAUGUCUUCCUGCUAGGGACAGGAUCACACAGGCUUUUGUGGCCUGUCUGUGGGUAGGGACCCACUUGCAAAGGUGCCAACUCUGCUGGGCUAGCAUUUCCUGAGGGCUGCUGGACAAAGCCCCUCAGCUCAAGCUGGCUUUGGUCUGCAGGUAACCUGAGCAGAGAAGAGGACCCCAGGGCUACCUCAGUCCCUGUUUCCCCUCCACCUUGCCAUCUCCUUUGCCAGAACCUGGAUACUUACACUUGAAUUCCUAUAGCAGCAGACAGGUAGGUGGCAGGGCCACAGAAGUGCUGGUCUCAGGUCCCCAGGGGCAGGCCCUGCCACCUCCCCCUUCUGUUUGGUGUGGAUUUGGAAGCAUCUACUUGGUUCUUAUUUAGUUCUGGUUUUGAUCUUAGGUCCUCCCUCCCCAGGAAGGCCAGAGUAGCCACAAGUCAUGGCUUGUGCAAGGCAGGGUGCUGAUGAGGUGGGUUUGAUGUGUGAGGGCCAAAGUAGUCCGGUUCCCUGCUACCUCGAGUCUAGUGGCCAUUCCAAGUGUCUGGUCCCUGAAUGACUCUGCUCGGGCUCACACUGCCCACGUAGCCACAGCUGCUUCCUGCAGACCGUGGGAGAGGCUGAGCGAACCAUGCUGCUGAAUAAACACUGCUGUUU